AUGACGGGCAAACACAACAUCGAGACCAUCGACAGCGUCCCCAGAGCGUCGCUCGGGUCUCGCAUCGGCGCCUUCUGCCGUCGCUUCUGGUGGCUGCUGCUCAUCAUCCUCGCCGUCGUCGUCCUUGUCAUCGUCCUCCCAAUUGUAUUCGUCGCAUACCCCAAGCUGGCGCAGGAAGAUGUCACCGACUCGACCCUCACCAUCGCAGACAUGCAGACCACCAACCCAAGACCAGAUGCGCUGCACGUCAAGGUCACCCAGGUCAUCGGCUCCAAGUCCAAGUACCACCCUACUCUCGACCCCUUCGACGCCAAAGUCUACCUCGAAGGCCAGCAGGACGCCUUCAUGACCCUCAACACACCCGAGGUCAAGGCCGACGACGGCGUCAAGGCCAUCAUCGACCAGGAAGUCCCCAUCGAGAACUCGGAUGCCUUCGCUGAGUUCUCCAAGGCCAUCAUGCUCUCCGAGGAGCUCAAGCUCAAGGUCAUCGGCAAGACUAAGCUCAAGCUCGGAAGUCUGCCCAAGACCGACGUCGACUACGACAAGGUCGUCACUCUCAAGGGAAUGAACCAUCUCAAGGGCUUCAACAUCACCGACAUCAAGAUCGGAAAUGUCCCUGGCACCAACUUCAACAUGAAGGGCAACGCCUUUAUUCCCAACCCUUCCGUCCUUACUCUUGCCAUGGGCAACCUUACCCUUAACCUCGCCGUCGACGGCCACCCAAUUGGCACCUCAAACCUCUACGACGUCGUCAUCAAGCCAGGCGACAACAACAUCCCCAUGUUCGCCAACGCAGACCUUCCCUACGUCCUCCGACAGACCGGCCAGCAAGGAAAGUACCGCAACGGCAUCGUCCCCGUCUCCAUCGUCGGCAACUCCAGCGUCGCCCACGGCAAGGACCUCCCAUACUACACCAAGGCCCUCGCCGCAAACACCCUUAUGGUCGACCUCAACGUCCCCGCUAUCCUCGGUGGAGGAAGAUAA